GCGGUUUCAGAUUGUUGACAAUUGUGCAACACAAACAACACAUCACCGCGGAAAGGAGGGCCCUCAAUUCUACCUCCUUUUCCAAUUUUUCGCUUUUUAUUGUUAAGUAAAAUGAGAUAAAAUAGUGUAAUAAUUGUUACCUUACCUUCAGGGACUGUGUUUAAGCAAAACAGUUCACUGCUCGAAGCAACCGGCACGCCAUGCGACCGCCCGGUGUUAGUAUGCGGUUAUGUAAAAUGUUCCCACUGGUUGGAAAUGUGGUCCGGAAUGCCGGUUCUGCGACAUUGCACCAUCGAUCCUACUGCACGCCGGUUGUAAAUAUUUUCGAUCGCAAUGUGAAACGUCUGCAACGGGAACGAGCUGCCAAACGUGACGAUGUGGAGCUGUACGAUUACAUCAAGGAGGAGGUGGGCUACCGGCUGGCCGACCGUAUCUUCGACAUCAAGCGCCAGUUUACGAAUGCGGUCGAUCUCGGUGCCGGCCGUGGGUACGUCACCAACCACGUGCUGGGCGAAACGGUCCAGAAGCUAACCGCCAUCGACCUCAGCCCGGCAAUGCUGGCCCAAAUCAAGGGUUCGCCCGGGCUGGACUUUAGCGUGCGCGAGAUGGACGAGGAGCGGUUCGCGUUCGAGCCGGAUUCGCUCGAUCUGGUCGUGUCCAGCCUGAGCAUGCACUGGAUCAACGAUCUGCCGGCCUGCUUUCGGGCGGUGAAUCGUGCCCUCAAACCGGACGGCGUGUUUAUCGGGGCCAUGUUCGGUGGGGACACGCUGUACGAGCUGCGGUCGGCCCUGCAGCUGGCGGAGCAGGAGCGAAGGGGCGGUCUCGCGCCGCACGUUUCCCCCUUCACGCAGAUCCGGGACGUGGGCAUGCUGCUGAACCGGGGCGGCUUCACCAUGCUCACGAUCGACACGGACGAGCUGGUGAUCGGGUAUCCGUCCAUGUACGAGCUGAUGUUCGACCUGCAGGGGAUGGCGGAGAGCAAUGCGGCGUUCAACCGACCGCUGCACGUGGGGCGGGAUACGCUGAUGGCGGCGGCCGCCAUUUACCGGGACAUGUACGCCCGCAAGGAGGAGGGCGUGUCGGCCACGUUCCAGAUCAUUUUCUUCGUCGGGUGGAAACCGUGCGCUAGUCAGCCGCAGCCGGCAGAGCGCGGAUCGGGCACGGUUUCGCUGAAGGAUCUCGGGAAGGUGAUGACGCCAAAGGGUGGCGCCAGUUCGGGAUGCAAAAGUUGAGCCGGAAAUCGGGGUAGCGGUUUAAAGUUCAAGACCACGUUUAUUAAUGUAAUAUAUAGGAAAAGGAUGGUGGUGCAGAAAUGUUCUUUUUUUGGUUUGCAAGUUUUUUUUAUACCCAAUCACACUAUUCACUAUCGGAGCUGACGACAACAAGAAGAUAGAAAAA